AAGAGCAGUAGGUACCAAUAUAAAAUAUUUAAGUCCUGGACAAAAUUUAAUGCGUGUCCUCAGACACAUAAUCUUUAAAUUUGGGUUCCAAAAAUGAAAUAAAAAGAACUACGUGGGCGGGUCAAAUUUUUAAUCCAGGUCAAAACUGCGUCUGGUUCUUCAACCUGUUUCUGUUUGUAUCCAAAUUAUUGGGAUUCCUUUAUCGAUUUUACUUUAACGAUCUCCUCAAUUUAAUUCAAAUAAUUUUAUUAAAAAAUAACAAAAUAUAGUUAAAUCAUAACGAAUCGAUCAAUAAUAUAAAAAUAAGCCACCUUACUUAAAGCGUGUAGCCGAGAUUUGUGGCAAAGUUGUCCAGCAAGAUGCGACGUUUUCUUUUUUUCUGGCAGUGUGUUAUUAUACGGUACCAUAUAUACCUGCUGGUUCUUAUUUUGCCGCAAUUUUACAGUCAGUUUACCAACGGCGCUGACAGUGGAUCGUUUGGGUUCCAUUUGGUUCUCGCAAAACCAGUCCUGCCCUUCUUGCAUAUGAGUUCGGGUAAAAUAAGAAAUGCGCGGUAGUUGGUCAUACGUCGCAAAAUGAAUGCAGGGGUUUUACAAAGGAUUCAACUGGUUUUACUUCUGACAUCCUUUAGUCAUUGCCACGAAUCGACUCAAUAUCUCCAAAGCGCGGUCAGGAGUUUAAGAAAUUUACGCAACAUUCAAACACUUAGGAGAGCUGACGUUGCUGCCGUCAAAGCAUCAGCACAAACUACUAACAGACGCAAUCAGUACGGAGAUGAGGUUCCACCCUUAACCCUUACCAAGGGCGAGUUAACUUCAUUAUACGAGACAGCAAUGGCGAAUGGCCACUCGGUUAAGUUAGAUACGGGUGAAAAUGGAUAUAUCCACGCCGCUGUUCACCAUUUAGACGAAGCCGGACACGAAACUCAACAUGUUCCCUAUGGCACUGAUGAUCAUGACGAUUCCGCCGGUUAUUAUUACUAUUACUACCCCAUCAAAAGUUUUCUAGACAAAUUCACUUCGUCAUACAACAAUGAUGCCAAACAGAACCAUUAUUAUAAACCCACAAAACCGGAUCAAAAAGAACAUGCCCUUCCAUACCAGUAUCACUCGCAUACGCAUCAGCAUAACAUCGCGAUAAAAACAGAAACCGAAAAGCCUGUGAAAAAAAUGGAGCCGUUGUUCAUGGCAAUUUCCGGAUUUAUUGGAAUGGCGGUGAUGCUGGUGAUAACAAUGGUGGUAUUUCCAAAGCUGGGAAUCAACCCGAAGAUAGUAAACAGCACGAAAAAAAAGGAAAAACUCGAAGACUUCGCUAGACUGGCUUUGGACGCCAUUGAAGGUCACUGUGCCGAAAGAUUUGCUUGUGAACUGACGAAAACUGCUAGAACGUUCCACGUCGAUGAAAAUCGAUUUUACAAGCUGCUAAGACGUAUGGCCCCAGGGACAUUCGGCAGGUAUUUGAAUAAUGCAGCUAAAUAUUCCAGCAAGCAUUUGCAAUGUACUGCGAUUCCAUGUACAAAGAAAAAGCCCAACCCAAAUAAUAACAAAAAAAAUGUUAACCAGAAGAAAAAGGGAAACAACAACAAUAAUAAACAGACUAGACUUUAGUACCCCCACCAAAGCCAUUAAUCC